CGACCAUUGAAGAGCGGCACUGUUCAGUUUGUUCGUUACAGAUGGAUGUUAUCGAAGCUAAUUUAAAUAAUAUUACAGAUGACACUUUCAAAACGCCUGCAAAUGCUAAGACUUUGAGUCUAAUCCCCGACAACAUACAUCUGGUUGUAAUAAGCAAGUUAUCCAUACCCAAAAUUAUUCGUGUAAACUUGCCACAUCGGUCAAAAGAGUUAUCAGUUUGUUUAAUAGUUAAGGAUUACCGUAAAGAUGAUUAUGAAAAAAGUACAGAAUCUUGGAAAAGGCGUUGGAAUAUGGAUUUAAAAAAGUCUGAACUUUCCCACCCAGACAUACCUUCAGUGACAUUUUUGCCACUACGUGAGCUGAAGGUGGCUUACCAAACUUUUGCGUCUAAGCGUCGUUUAGCUGCCAGUUUUGAUAUAUUUCUUGCUGACAAACGCAUUGUCCAUCGCUUACAAAACAAGUUAGGUAAAGCAUUCUAUCAAGAAGUUUCCGGUAAAUUUCCCGUCCCAACUGCAUUUUCAAAUAGCAAUCUCGUUGACACUGUUAAGAAGCAAAUACAUACGUCACUGUUUGCCAUUCGAGGGAAGGGGACAGCUGACAGUCUUAUCAUUGGUGAUGCUCUCUUCUCCGCAUCGGAGAUAAAGGGAAAUGUGAUAUCAGUUUGUGAAAAACUCAUUUCAGAAUGGCCAGGUGGUGGUUUGGUGAAUAUUCGUUCCAUUUAUAUUCAAAGUCCAAAUAUUUCCAUCCCUCUUUACUUUGAUGAGACGGAGGUGCCUUUAACUACCAUAAGUGAAAAGUUAUCGAACCUCCCUCAAGCUGUCCGUCGAAAGUCUCGUGUACUUAUUAAGAAACUAAAUGAUACAUGCAAUGAUAUCCCUAUCAUCAGUAAACCUGAAAAAUUAAAACAACCACUUAGAAGAUUAUCAAAAGAACUGCUUUCACAAGUCGCAGAUGAUCUUUCUUUAACAACAGACGAAAUCAAUAGAAUUAUACGCAAGCGAAAAUCUGAAAAAAAUGAUACCGUCCAGCCUAAAUCGAAAAAAACGAAGAAAAAUCCUCUUCGUAAUUCUGUGAAAAUAUAAUGAUCCCUUGUCAAUUGAUCAAUGCUUAUAUUCAUCAUUGGAUUCCAAAUAGGUGUUUUCCGUUUGCAUUCAAAUUUUCGGAAGGUAUCUUAUCUUGAGAUAAUCUUUAGCAUAGAUCAAUUGCCAACUGGUAAAACUUGAUGGUUGGUCGUUUUAUUUAAUGGGGCUACAAAUCGAAGUGGUCGGAAAUAAACGAUGUAAUUAGGUUGAAGGUAUUUGGUCGAUUAUACCUUCGAAGCAUCACGUAUGGUUUGUGGUCUCAUCGACUAAGUAUUAUUGGGGAUUACGAUGAGUUAAGAAAAAUUUAUAUGCGGUUGUGACUGGUUGACUGAGUGGUGUUACAUGUUACAGUCACCAAUUAACCACCUCAUAGUGUUGCCCUGGUUUCAUCACGAUGAAAUAGAUUUUAGGUUAGUAAGAUGAUGAGGAAACAGCAUCUACCCAUGUAAUCACUGAAUAUUGGUUUGUAAUGUGCAUGGAAAUAUGUUCACUUUUCAACAUGUUAGGGAUCUGUAGCCACUUACACUUCUGUAUUUACUUAUGGUUCACCUGUUACAUUUCUUUUCCCCUCAUUAUUCUUUCUCUGUACUAUUUCAAGGUUUAAUAGCUUGGAUCAACUCACCAUAUGUUGUUAAAUCAUGCUUUGUCUCAAAUUUUCUGUUUGACAAGAAAGUGAAUUGGGAAUAAUUUGAGAGAGGUAGGUGUCAGCAUAAUUAUAGUAAAUGAUAAUUAAGUGGAAAUGUGGCUCACUGAUUUAGAAAUUCUACUUCCAGGUUCGACCCUAGCCCCACCUACUUUGGUCUAGGCAAACCCUCAUACAACAAGCAUGGCUCAUAGCCUAGUGUAUUAAUUUGUAUCGGGUUUAGUUUUAUUACUUUUAAAAAGAGAAAGGUAUGUUGUAACCAUCAUGCAAUUUAUGUAGUGACUACUUAAACAUGAUCAAAAGAAAUCUUAGUGUAACUCAGGUACAAUACCUAGACGAAUGCGAAAUAUUCAUUCUACUUCUAAAUAUGAUAGUCAGUUUUCAAAUGAUUCGUAAAUUACACAGUCUUCGUUGACAUUUCUCACAGCUGAGUAGUUUUUUUACUGUCCAACUGUGGUAGCAAUAGGAUUUCUGUCAGAAGCCAGCCACCACCCGUCACAUGGUGUGAUCUCUGACACAAAAGUCUUAUGAACUUACGAAAUAUACUACUGGACAAACUGAGCAGUUGGAAGCCACUUCGCCCAAACCAAAGAAACAGCCAUACGAUGUUUGGAUGACUCAUGCAGCUGGCAAAAUUUGCAUUUCAGACUAAGUGGUUUCCAACUACUCAUGUUGUUCAGUAGUAUAUUUCGUUCAUUUUACUUCUGUUUGUUUAGAGCUUCGAUUCUAAUACCAUCUUGUAAGCCGACAGAUUGCCUAAGUAGUAUGAACUAAGAAGGAGCGAGUCAUCCUAUUAAGCACUUGUUCAGAAGUCCUUAAAGUAAGUGCAGGGUUUUAUCUAGUGAAUGUCUUUCGAAACUUAGUGUGCGUACGAUGACAGUUGGUAGCAACGUACAAGUCGGUGAUUUGAAUGCAUAAUUCCUUUUAUGCAAUCUAAGUACAAAGUCGCUCUGUAUGAUUUACAACAGUGUGUACCUACUAGCACCUUCGUUCGUGUACUGUCAGGGAUCAUCGUAAAGUUGUUUUAUCUGGUUUACUGUUUUAAUUUUGAAAAAUGCGUUGCAGCAGAGCACUGUUAAAAAUGCGUGAAAAGGUACAUUUUCCACGUUUACUGCAUUCAUGUUGCUGAAAAUAGUAAGAUAGCUGAUUUCCCCCAGCAAUUCACAUAUCGUAAGGAUUUUGAAAAGAGCAAGAACUACGAUGGGAACAGGAUAAAACUGAUCUAUUUUAUUUAGGUUUUGUCUUGUCAACUGCUCACAACCUACAAUAUCAAAAUACGUCAUUUUGCUGACGAUUUAGUCCAUUGAAAACAGCAGAAUAUGGGUAAGUAGUUAAUAAGGACGGAAACAGUCAUAGAUUAAAGGUCAAUCAUAACGAAAUAUUCAAGGAGGGUUAAUGAAUGGUCAUGAUUAUAUACACGAUCUAAUGGAAGUUUCUCGAAUAAAAUAACGACAAGAGUAGCAGUCAAAAUAUUGAGGGACUUAAGACUACGUAAGUAGGUCAUGCGAUAAAUAGACAAAAUAUUGUUAGUUAAAAAAAACCCGAUAUGAACAAAAGAUGUUGCAAGUAAGUAAGAGUGAACGAAUAAACACCUAAGGUAGUCAGAGGAAGAUGUAAUCCAAUCAAAACGGUCAAGAAGGCUUACCGAGGUAAACAGAGAUUGACUAUAGCUUCUUUUGGAACAUAAAUCAGAUUUGAUGAGUUUAACAGCUAUGGCUUCAAUAGAAUUAAGCUCAUUUGUUUGUUUAUUAUAUUGAAGGAAUUGAAAACAUCUACUUGAUGUUCAAUGUCAAUCAGAUGCCGAAUGAUUGUUACUUCCCUCGGUUAUAGGCUCUUAGGAAUGUAUUCAGCAAGUCUAUGAUAUGGCUUUUCUUUUCUUCCAAUGUAUUUACUUCGGAGGGAUACUUAUACAUAUAUUUUCAAAGGGAAUAAAAGCAAGUCACUCGCCUUCAACAAGCAAAUUGGUAAUUGGAAAUAUUUGGCAAGAAUUUACUUAAUCGGAGAUAUUUCCGUUGUUUUCAGUUUUAUUUUUAUUAUCAGCUAUGUUCUUUUAUAGUAGAAGUAAACUGCGAAACAAGGCAUAAGUUAUGCAGCAUUUUUUGAUCUAAAAAUUAAUACAUUAUCGAGGAUAGUUUGCACAUAAUGUAAAUGGCGUCGUCAAAACAUGGAAAUGCAACUGAGUAGUGAGACAGAUCCAUUGUUUGAGAGGCGUUGAUACUACUUGCUUUCUUAAAUCUCAGGAGUUGGAACAGAAUUUACCCCUGUGAUCCAAGGAGAGUGGAGUGCUUCGAUCAAUGAAACAGCUCUUCGUGUCAUAGUUAGCUUAUCACCAAUUCAGAUAAAUCAAUCUUUGAUGUUGAUGGGAAAUGUGUCCCGCUGGAUGUCUUGAUACAAAUUAGAUUUGUCUUGUGAAUGUUUCAGAAAGCCACUAGGGAAUUUUUUCUUGAAAUUCGAGUUAGUCUUUUAUAACAGUGGCAUUAUCGUUUUCCAGUGAAAAAAUCAGAACUUCGAGAAGCAGAUGAAUUCUGGACUCAAAUUUUAUGCCUCCAUUUUUCUUUAAAAUCCUCACAACCUCACCCUUUUCCACAGUCAUAAGUACCUCAAUUAGUAUUGGCUAGCUGUAAGACCAAGAGUUGAAUCAAUUGGAAAAUGUUCCCACAACUUCAAUCAACAGUUGGUUUACACUCCUACAGUUAACAUGCAGUUGCAGCAUAUGCGUCACAAUUUUGAAUCUGUAUGCUCGGAAAUAAUUCAGACAAAUGUCUUCUAGUUGGACAUCCAAUAUUUUCGGAAAGAAAUACAUAUAAAUUGUCUCUAAACUAGAAAGUUGUUGCAAGAGUAGUUUACUGAACCAUGAACAUUGUUGUGGAGUAGAUCGCUGCUUAAAGGGCUUUUUGGCAACACUGUUGACAACAGUUUUAUAUAACUACUUAAUAAGGUUAGUUAUCUUCUGCAAUAGAAAUUAAAAUUACACCAGCUGACUCUAACAGAAACAUUGUUAACUGGAUGGUAAGAGAACGUUUGUGAAUACGCAUUCAUAAUCCUAUCUGUUAUUACUUGUUGGAGGUGCACUACUUUAAGACUACACAACACUGCAUAGUCUUUCUUCAGAAGAGAAAAAAAGCAUCGAUUAAAUAGACAGACGGAUUAAAGGAAGCGGGAUGGAUUUCCAAAACUGAAAAUUGAUAAGUGCAGGAGCGACUGGAAGUAGAAUGCAAAUCAAAGUAAGUGAACUGAAAUACCUUUCUGUCUAACCAAACCAUCC